AACAAGGAUUAGACAGUCUCUAACCGUUUAUCUAACCAAGCAGAAAGCUUAGCGCUGGAUAAAGUUAUGGCCUUUGUGAUUAGCGGACUUUAUCUGGCAGCGGUGUUGACAUUAUGCAGCGCUGUGGUGGUAAAGCCGGCGCUCCCAAUAGCCAACGACGUGAGGCCCCAACUCGUCGAGGAAUCAGUCCCUCGAUACAGCUACGGAUACGACGUGCGCGAUGAGGUUACCGGGGACUUCAAGAGCCAGCAUGAAACGCGAGAAGGCGACAUCGUGCGCGGUGGCUACAGCUUCAUCGAGUCGGACGGCAGCCGACGCGUCGUUGAUUACGUGUCCGACCCCGUUAAUGGCUUCAACGCCGUCGUCCGCAAGGAGCCGGGGGUGGCACCACCCACGAGCCCCGUCGCGACAAAGAUAAAUCUGCAUCCAGGAGGAGCUAUGGCGCACGAAAUUCUGCCGAGGAUUGUACCCUACGGACAUGCAAGCCCGAUUCCCGCUGUUCAAGCGCCACCGAGGACUUACUUUCCAUUACCAGGACUUGCCAGGACAUCUCCUUUGCAUUAUCCAUCCUACCACACAUACGAAGCUCCGGCAGAGAACGAGAUUUAUCCGAGUCCAGUAGCUCAGAAGUAUUUGCCCAUUGGACGAUAUGGUUACGUCCUUACCAAUGCACCAUUCCCUUAUCCUUUCCCACAAAAAUACGACUAA